UUGUCUGAAGUAGGUGUUUCCGAGGCUGUGAGGGACAGAUCGGACACAGAGCGAGACGAAAGAAGCUGCGACAGGAAAAUGGCUGACAGAUUCUCUCGCUUCAACGAGGAUCGUGAUUUCCAGGGGGGAAAUCACUUCGAUCAGUAUGAGGAGGGCCAGUUGGAGCUGGAGCAGGCCUCUCUGGACAAGCCCAUAGAAUCGGAUAAUAUUGGGCACCGGCUCCUGCAGAAGCAUGGCUGGCGGCUGGGACAGGGCCUGGGCAAGAGCAUGCAGGGGCGGACGGACCCUGUGCCCAUCACCCUCAAAUAUGACGUCAUGGGAAUGGGACGUAUGGAGAUGGAGCUGGACUAUGCGGAGGACGCCACAGAGAAGAGGCGAGCGCUGGAGGUGGAGAAAGAGGACACAGAGGAGCAGCGCCAGAAGUACAAGGAUUUCGCUGAAAAGGAGAAAGCAAUCGCCAAAGCGCUGGAGGACCUGAGGGCAAACUUCUACUGUGAGCUCUGCGACAAGCAGUACCAGAAGCACCAGGAGUUCGACAACCACAUCAACUCCUACGACCACGCCCACAAGCAGCGGCUGAAGGAGCUGAAGCAGCGGGAGUUUGCGCGGAACGUGUCGUCGCGCUCGCGCUUCCGCAAGGACGGGAGGAAGCAGGAGAAGAUGCUGCGCCGGCUGCGCGAGCUGGCCGAGCUGAGGAAGCGUCCCAGCCGGGCUCCUGGCAGCGGCCCCAUGUUUAAACCCACGACCGUGGCGGUCGAUGGCGAUAACGCGGAGGAGGCCACCGGCGGCCUGGAGGGCGUCCCCAUGGCGAUGGACUGCGCGUCGGGGGAGGGGUCGUCCGGCGAGGAGAAGGCGGCGUCCCCCAUGCGAAUGCCCCCCAUCAGCUUCACGCUGGGCAAGGCCGGCCCCUCCCCCGCGCCCAAGGUCAGCAUGUCCUUCGCGCCCAAGGUCAGCGUGUCCUUCUCCUUCGCCAAGAAGGCCCCCGUCAAGCUGGAGACCGCUGCCGCCGCUUUCGCCGACCAGGCCGAGGAGGCGGAGGAGGGGCAGGAGGCGCAGGAGGCGCAGGAGGUGCAGGAGGGGCAGGAGGGAGACAAGGCCGGGGAGGAAGCAGCCGCGGUGGCCCCCACCCCCGGGAGCCCCGGGCAGGGGGCCGAGGAAGAGGAGCAGCAGCAGCCCCAGACGGACGAGGGGGGGUCCCUGGCCUCCACCCUGUCCAAGCUGAAGAUGAUGAUGAAGAAGGGGGAAGGCGCCUCGGGCCAGGAGCCCCAGUAUUACCACUACAUGCCGCCCGCCCACUGCCGCGUCAAACCCCACUUCCAGUUCCUGCUGUUCAUGAAGGCGUCGGACGAGACCGCAGGCCCGGAGGAGGAAGAGGCGGGCAAGGGGGCGGCGGCCUCUGAAAAGGGGGCGGCGGCCUCUGAAAAUGGGGCGGUGGCCUCUGACAAGGGGGCGGUGACUUCUGAAAAGGGGGCAGCGGUCUCAGAAAAGGGAGUGGUGGCUGUUGAAAAGGGGGCGGGGACCACGGAAAAGAGGACAGCGGCCAACGCCAAGAAGAAGCAGCCCAAGGUCAUCGAGGGCGACCCGGGGAAGAGCCCGGGCGACACUCCCGAACCUCAGGCGGUGGCGGCCGACGCCGUAACCAGGGCGCCCACAGUGAAGGUGGAGGACGGUGUCGAGAGCUCCCCGGAGCCUGGCCCCCCUCCCCCAGAGAGAGCCGCGGCAGACUGCGGCCAGCAGGGGGCGCUAGAGGCGCCUGGCGGCCCCCACUCGGGGCCCCGGGUUCCAACGGGCCCCUUCUUCCCGGUCCUCGGCAAGGACGAGAGCACCACCCUGCAGUGGCCCUCGGAGCUGCUGGAGUUCACUCAGGCCCAGCCGCCCCUGUCCUACAGCUGCAACCCGCUCUACUUCGACUUCAAGCGCUCCCGAAACAAAGCGCCCCGCGCCCGGGGGCCCGCCAAACCGGCCGGGGAGGGGCCCGCGGGGGACGCCCCCACCACCAGCGCCGCCGCCGCCGCCACCACCAGGGAGACCCCGGGGGCCAAGGCGGGCGGAAAGGACGACACGGGCGUGAAGGAAGAGGGCGGGGAGGACGAGGAGAACCCGCAGAACAGCAAGAAAAAAAAAAAAAAGAAGAAGCACAAAAAGUCCGGGAAGAGCUGUAAGAGCAAAGGGGCGGAGAAGGAGGCGGGGGAAGGGGCGGGGGAGGGGGAGGGAGGAGUCGAGACCACGGGAGAAAAAGCAAAGAAGAAGAAGAAGAAGAAGAAACACAAAAUUAAGAAAAACAAGAACAGAGCCUCGGGUGCAGAGGAGGAGGUAGCGGAGGAACGAGAGGAGGAGAAGAAGGAGAAAGAGAAGGAGAAAGAGAAGGAGGCAGCGGGGCCAGUGGAAGGCACGGAGAGCAGGAAGAGGAAGUGUCCCCCGAGGGAGGAGCCGGAGAAGUCGGGGGCCAAAGAGGGAGCGGCUCAGGAGACGGAGAGGCCCAAGUCUGAGGAGCACAACGGCCCCAAACGGCACAGGCCCAACGCCGGCCCGACCGCCGCCGCCCCCGCCCCCGCCCCGCCGGCCGCCACCACCGUGAGAAAGAGCUCUGGGCGCGGCGGGCGGCCCAGCAGCGGGAGCGAGGAGGAAGGGGACUCUCGCCGCCGCAGGUCCACCCCCCGGCAGCGUCGCCACCGUCGCCACGGCAGCCGGGACUCUCCGCGGUCCCGCAGCGGCUCCUCCCGGCGGGGCCGGCGCCGGGCCACCCGCAGCCGCUCGUACUCCAGCAGCUCGGAGCGCUCGACGGCGGGGAGCAGCCCCGACAGCAGCCGCCGCCGCCACCGCCACAGACGCAGCUCCUCGGGCAGCCGCAGCGACUCCGGCGGGCGGGCCGGCGGGCGGCGCCGAUCCAAGCGCUCCUCCGGCUCCGACUCGGAGCCCUCGCCGCGACGCGGCUCUUCCUCCCGCCGCCGCUACUCCUCCUCCUCCUCCUCCUCAUCGUCGUCGUCGGCGGCGGAGUCGCGCAGCCGAUCGCGGGGCCGGCGGCGGCGGGGGCGGGGGCGCAGCAGCUCCCGCAGUUCCAGCAGCCAGCGCAGCCGACGCAGCCGGAGCAGUCGCAGCAGCGCGCGGUCCUGGCGCCGGAGCAGCCGCAGCCGCAGCUCGUCCAGCUCCGCCAAGGGCUCCCCCGCCUCCCGCCACCCCCGCCCCCACCGCCGCCGCGAAGGCUCCGCCCACCGCCGCGAAGGCUCCGCCCACCGCCGCGACUUCAACCGCUCCCGCAUCUACCGGUCCCAGUCCCCCCGCUCGUCCUCCUCGUCCCGCGCCCCGCCCCGCCGGGACUCCGCCCGCAACGCCGCCGGCGCCGCCCCCAACCCCUCCUCUUCCUCCUCCUCCGCGCUGACGAAGGGCGGCAGGGCGGGCAUGGGGUCCAGGGGCGGGGGCGGCGGGCCGAGGAGCCUGCUGACCGCCCGGCAGCUCCUGGAGCGGAUCCAGUCCCGCAAGAGCGGCGAGGAGGCUGGCGCCGCCACCGCCGCGGGCGCCAAGCCGGGCGCCAAGGUCAAAGACCCGCCGCAGGGCUACUUCGGGCCCAGGCUGCCCCCCGCCCUGGGCAACAAGGCCAUGCUGCCCCUGUUCGGCAAGAAGCCCUCGCUGCUGGCCUGCCUGCAGCGGCCCGACCCCCCCGAGAAGGCGGGCGGGGCCGGGAGCUCGGAGGCGGGCGAGGUGAUCCUGGUGCAGCCCAUCCGCGAGUUCCCCCCGCCCCCCCUGCCCCGGCAGGCGGAGGUGAGCGCGGCGGGCGAGGCCGUGCAGGAGGCCGAGGAGCAGCCGGAGGUCCGGGUCCCCGCCCCGGAGGCGCAGCCCCUGCUGGAGGCGCCGCUGUUCGACCCGGAGGGCGUCGCCCUGGCCCCGCCCUUCCACGCCGACCCGGGACGCGAGGGGCCCGACCCCAUGCUGGAGCCCCUCCUGCAGGGCAUGCCUCCGCACCCCUACCCCCGCUACCCCCCUCCCAGCCUGGAGGAGGAGGAGGACAUGGGCGUGGAGGAGGUGGGGGAGGAGGACGACCUGGCGCCGCUGGAGAGCCAGCCAAUCACCUUCACCCCCGAGGAGAUGGAGAAGUACGGCAAGCUGCAGCAGGCCGCCCAGGAGCACAUCCAGCAGCAGCUGCUGGCCAAGCAGGUCAAGGCCUUCCCUGCCGCCGCCGCCGCCGCCGCCGCUGCCAGCCUGGCCCCACCCCAACCCACCCUGCAGCAGAUCCACAUCCAGCAGCCGACGGUGUCCGCCGCCUCGCUCACCAGCGUGCAGCACGCCCUCCUGCAGCACCACGCGGCCACCGCCGCCGCCGCCAUGGGCCUCCACCCGCACGGCGCCCACCACCAGCACCCGCACCCCCACCUGCACGCGCACCAGCUGGCCCAGGUGCACCACAUCCCCCAGCACCACCUCACGCCCUUCAGCCUGUCCGCGCUGGCGCCCUCGCUGGGCCACGCCGGGCUGCUCUCCGCCCACCCCAACGCCUUCCUGUCGGGCCAGCCCAUCCACAUCAUCCCGGCCUCCGCCCUGCACCACACCCAGCUGGCCCUGCACCACAUGCCCCACGCCGCGCUCUACCCCACCCUCUUCGCCCCCCGCCCCGGCGGCGCUGCCGCCGCCGCCGCCGCCCUGCAGCUCCACCCCUUCCUCCACCCCAUCUUCUCGGGACAGGACCUCCAGCACCCCCCCGGCCACGGCUCCUGAGGCCGGCCCCGCCUCCGCCCUGCUGCCAGGGGGGAGGGGCCUCCCGCGGCUCCACCCACAGGAAGUGGGGGGGGGGGGCUGUGACUGAUUGCAGCUGAGUCUGGAGUCGCGUGGGGAUCGGAGUACUCGCCACGUGAGAGGAAACGACAGACGUGGCGGCAGGGACGUCAGCUGACACGGAGGCGUUGCCAUGGAGGCAGAGCGGAGGAGGGAGAGAGAGAGAGAGAGAGAGACGUUCUGUCGUCCCCUGUCCCACACCCACUGGAUUCUGGGAAUCGGGCCUGAAGCGUAUAGAGGUGGAAAAAUGUCUGAGGUGCUCUGUGCAGCUCAUCUCCUGGGAAACCAGGAAAAGCACUGGAGUGUUCUUCAAGUUUGUUGUUAAUGUUGCUGUUAAUGUUCUUCUUUAAUUCCUUUUUUGUUUUUCAUACAGCCAAAGAGAUGCAAAUGGCUGAAGCCACAAGUAGGGUCUACCCCAGUCUGUGUUGUGUAGCAGGACGGGGGGGG